GAUCGAAAUCACAUAGUAUCCAUAUCUUCCACUUUGUAUCCUCAUCCUCUCAUGUCCAGCUAUAGUACAACAACAGUAAGACAAGAAGGUUUUCAGCUUCCUUCACCUGCACACACCGUUUCCUCACUGUCAGAGACGCCCACCUCUCCCCCUCCAACGUCUCCCAACAAUCUUUUCAUGCCACCAAACCUAUCUUUUCUUCCUGACUCAUUUCGUAAAUUUCCAAGCGCUGCUCAAGCUCAUUCUCAUCAUCAACCUACAACACCAAGUAGUGCCAUCGACUUCACCGACGAUCUUGCAACACUCAUCGACUCGCACCCUCACCAUGCAUCGCACGAACGCAGUACAUAUGAUGCAGACCCGUACCGUCACAAUAUCUUUGAUAUCAGCGCUCCUACAACUACCAGCCAUUACCGACCUCCAUCAUCAACCGAUAUCUAUCCAAACAGUCAACAACAACAUACCAAUGAUCUCCAUUUUAACAGUACCCUUCCUGCCUUAAAUAGCAGUAUGCGGUACGAACCACACCCAGAUCCGCCAUCACAUUUCGCGUACCGCCACACCCCAUCCCCGCACAACCCCAACUCGCCCAGUCGUAGCCGUUCACGCCCCCCAAGCAUCGGCCCCACCCGAACCUCCCGUCGUGAUCGCCGAGCUAAUAGCAUUAGUUCACAUGUAUCCGGCACUUCACCACCCCCUCCCCCCCGUCCUCAUGCCAUAGUUAUCCCCGGUAGGGGCGGUGGUUCAACUAUGGGCGGCUUUUUUGUUCCCGGUCAAGGCGAAUACUCGCUUCCCACACCCGAUAGUCUCACUCAUUCCUUUGGCGGGUUCCAGGGAUAUAAUGCGGCAACCACUUCAUACCCUACGCAACCCGGUUCAUUUGCUUCGCAAAACAAUGUGGCUGUAAAUUAUGGUAGUUUUAAUGGCCGUACCGGAACUCCCAGCAUGGGAAUCAGUCCCAGUGAAGUUUCUACUUUGGGCAUGCUUGGGAGCAGCACAACUUCUCCCCCUCCCCCUACCAAGGGAAAGCAUGAUGGCGAUGGUCUAUCAGAAAAGAGACGAAGAAGGCGGGAGAGUCAUAAUGCUGUUGAGAGAAGGCGGAGAGAUAACAUCAACGAAAGAAUCGGCGAGCUAGCAGGGCUAAUUCCAGGGGUGUUGUUUGAAUGUGAUGCCCCACUCAUUGCUCCAACAUCCCCCACACUCCUCAGCGCAACUUCACCUGCAGUGGAAAACGGCGAUCUCUUCUCACUCCCCCUCCUCCCGGAUGCAGCAAACUCCGAUGAGGGUCUCGCUGACGUUCCUGAGCAUGGGGUACCCGGCGCUCCCAACGGGAAUGCUGUGAAAAAGGAUCCAAGCGAAGAUGGAGAUGAUGGCCGAGGUAAUGCGAAUGGUGGUGUGAAUGGCGGUAUUCCUACGAACGGGAUCACUACCGCAAAUGGCUCUGAACCACAAAUGAUCAAGGCAAACAAGGGGAUGAUUUUGAGGAAGAUACGUGCAUCUGUUUACUGCAUAUGCGCCUUUCCUCGUGGUGAUUCACCUGAAAAUCAUUCAAUUACUGACUCUGCUUCCCAGUCCGUGGAAUACAUCCGUUAUCUCCAACAGCUCGUCAGCGUCCAAGCUUCACGCGGCCGAGAUCUCGAAGAGCGCAACCGCACCCUCGAGCGCGAAUUGGCAGCAAUCCGCGGAACCCCCAUCCCCUCCUCCCGCUCUGCCUCAAACUCAAACUCUGCAGAGUCAUCCAGACUUUCCCUCGUGUCGUCACAAACGUCCCUGCCACCCUCAUGGGAAGCUGAGAGGAAAUGGGAGAUGGACGUUGAGGAUCGGGGCGAGGACGAGGAACGUGGUCGGGGACGCGUGCGUGCGAGGAAAGAGGACGUUGGUACAAAAACACGGGAGGAUGAUGUGGUUAACGGGGAGGAGCGCAAUAUGGAGAUAUGACGGUAUCAGCUGGCGACAUCACAGACGCCUCGCAGAUCUACACCCAUACGCUCUGGCACAUUCACUUCAUCAUGCUCAUGCUCACGUCCCUUCAUGCCUGCACGAUCUUCUUUCAUGUGUUUUUCCCGCGUUUUAUCUCUCUUUUAUCACCUGCCUCCCAUGCACACUGUAUCAUUCAUAGCCAUGCUUUGGUUUCCUGUGUUAUUUCUCCUUAUUGGGUCUUUUCGUCGUUCUUGACUACAUAACGCCUCCACCUCUUGAACUUUGCCCUAUACGAGCACAGGGGUCUUAUGGAAUUUCUACCCCGAACAGUGCCUUUUAGUUUUACCCACCCAGCACCACCGCAAUCGGGCAGCAUGGCCCGAUGACGCUAUUUUGAAAUCUGCAUUGCAACACCGUUGAAGCCGAUGCC